GGGUGGUGAAUCGGCAUCAGCGCAGCUCCGAGGCCACCUGCAGCCGAAAGCACCUGUUAAGCAGAGAUCCACAACUAUUGUGGGGAACCCCACCUUAUUGAGGGAACUGAAGAUGUCCAGUGAGAUGUCCAAUGAGGAUUCCGAAAACAGAUGUUUCUGCUACCUCUUGUCUUGCUUUAGGGACAGAUUGAAGAUGUACAUCCAGGUGGAGCCCGUUCUGGACUACCUGCCCUUUCUACCUUUGGAGGACAAGGAACUCAUUAGUGCAGAAACCUCCUCCAAGGGGAACGCACAGGGAGUAGAACUACUGCUGACAAAGUUGGAGAAAGGGGCCUGGUCCCAGGGCUGGACCACGGAAUUUGUAGAGGCACUCAAGCAGACGGGCAACCCGUUAGCUGCCCGUUACAUGAAUACCAAAGACUUGCCCUCUCCAUCCUUUGAGAAUACCCAUGACGAGUGCCUCCAACUCCUGACCCUUCUUCAGCCUACUCUGGUGGAGAAACUUCUGGUUAAAGAUGUCCUGGAUAUCUGUGUGGCGGAGAAUCUGCUGACCCAUGAAGAUAGAAAUCGGGUUUCUGCUGCAGAAAAUAAUGCAAAUGAAGCAGGUGUAAGAGAACUACUGAAAAGGAUUGUGCGGAAAGAACACUGGUUUUCUACUUUCCUGAAUGUUCUAAACCAAACAGGAAAUGAAGCACUGGCCCAAGAGUUAACUGGCUCCCAUCACUCUGAAAACAGUGCAGAAUCAGACACAAGUUUGGCAGAAGGAAGUGUCAGCUGCUUAGAUGAAAGUCUUGGACAUAACAGCAACAUGGGCAGUGAUUCAGGCACCAUGGGAAGUGAAUCAGAUGAAGAAGAUAUAGAAGGAAGAGCAUCCCCCGAGCCAGAACUUUGUCUCAGGUCUUACCAAAUGGAAGUUGCUGAGCCAGCUUUGGAGGGGAAGAAUAUAAUUAUAUGCCUACCUACAGGGAGUGGGAAAACCAGAGUAGCUGUUUAUAUUGCCAAGGAUCACUUGGACAAGAAGAAAAGAGCAUCUGAACCUGGGAAAGUUAUAGUUCUUGUCAAUAAGGUACCUUUAGUGGAACAGCUCUACCGCAAAGAAUUCAAUCCAUUUUUGAAGAAGUUUUAUGCUAUUGAGAGAGUAAGUGGUGACUCUCAGUUGAAAAUAUCAUUUCCCAAUGUUGUCAAAUUCUGUGAUAUAAUUAUCAGUACAGCUCAGAUCCUUGAAAACUCUCUUUUAAAUGCAGAAAAAGGAGAAGAUGAUGGUGUUCUGUUAUCAGACUUUUCCCUUAUCAUCAUUGAUGAAUGCCAUCACACAAAUAAAGAAGCAGUCUACAAUAAUAUCAUGAGGCGUUAUUUAAUGCAGAAGAUGAAAAACAAUAAACUCAAGAAAGAAAACAAGCCAAUAAUUCCUCUGCCUCAAAUAUUAGGACUAACAGCCUCCCCUGGUGUUGGAGGAGCCACAAAGCAAGCCAAAGCUGAAGAACACAUUUUAAAAAUCUGUGCCAAUCUUGAUGCAUUUACUAUUAAAACUGUGAAAAACAAUAUUGAUCAGCUCAAAGACCAAAUAAAGGAACCGUAUAAAAAGGUGGUAAUAGCAGAUGAUACGAGAGAAGAUCUAUUUAAAGUUAAACUUACAGAAAUAAUGACAAGAAUUCAGACAUUUUGCCAAAUGAUUCCAAUGCAUGAAUUUGGAACUCAACCUUAUGAACAAUGGGCCAUUAAAAUGGAAAAAAAAGCUGCAAAAGAAGGAAAUCGCAAGAAACGUGUUUGUGCAGAACAUUUGAGAAAGUACAAUGAGGCCCUACAAAUUAAUGAUACAAUCAGAAUGAUUGAUGCAUAUAAUCACCUUGAAACUUUCUAUAAUGAUGAGAAAAGAAAGAAGAGUGCAGCUCAAGAGGAUUAUAGUGACAGUGACAAUGAUGUUGAUGGAAAUGAGGAUUAUCAAAAGAAACCUUUGAUACUGGAUGAGGCAGAUAUAUUUCUCAUGACUUUAUUUUUUGAAAACCAGAAAAUAUUGAAAAAGCUGGCUGAAAAUCCACAUCAUGAAAAUGAAAAGCUGACCAAAUUAAGAAGCACAAUAAUGGAGCAGUUUACCAAAACUGAAGAAACAGCACGAGGCAUCAUUUUCACAAAAACACGACUGAGUGCAUAUGCGCUUUCCCAGUGGAUCACUGAAAACAAGAAAUUUGCAGAAGUCGGAGUCAAAGCCCACCAUUUGAUUGGAGCUGGCCACAGCAGUGAAUUCAAACCUAUGACACAGAAUGAACAAAGAGAUGUCAUUAGUAAAUUUCGCACAGGAAAAAUAAAUCUGCUUAUCGCUACCACAGUGGCAGAAGAAGGUCUGGAUAUCAAAGAAUGCAACAUUGUUAUCCGGUAUGGCCUCGUCACUAAUGAAAUAGCUAUGGUGCAGGCCCGUGGUCGAGCUAGAGCUGAUGAGAGCACCUACAUACUGGUUGCCUCCAGUGGAUCGGGAGUUGUUGAACGUGAAACAGUAAAUUAUUUCAGAGAGAAAAUGAUGUAUAAAGCCAUAGACCAUAUACAGAAUAUGAAUCCAGAGGAGUAUGCUCAUAAGAUUUUGGAGUUACAGAUGAUAAGUAUAAUGGAAAAGAAAAUGAAAAUCAAGAAAAAUAUUUCAAGACAAUACAAGGAAAACCCAUCAUUAAUAACAUUUCUCUGUAAAAACUGCAGUGUGCUAGCCUGCUCUGGGGAUGCUAUCCAUGUAAUUGAGAAGAUGCACCAUGUCAAUAUGACACAAGAAUUCAAAGACAUGUACAUUGUCAUAGAAAACAAAGCAUUAACAGAGAUGUUUGCUGACUAUCAAACAAAUGGAGAGAUAAUUUGCAAAAAAUGUGGUCAAGCUUGGGGAACCAUGAUGGUACAUAAAGGAUUAGAUUUGCCAUGUCUCAAAAUAAGGAAUUUUGUAGUGGUUUUCAAAAAUGAUUCAUCGAAGAAACAGUACAAAAAGUGGGUAGAAUUAAAUAUACGAUUUCCUGAUCUAGACUAUACAGAAUAUUGCUCAAUUAGAGAUGAUGAUUGACAUUUGAUUCAGAUUUCUCUUAAAAUAUUGGCAAUAUAUCACAAUGAUUUGAUUAGUACUCUAUUACUAUAGGAUUGAUGUAAAAUUAAUAAAAGUCAUUGCAUUAUUUUUAUGAGCUGUAUAAUGUAUAAUGAGCUGUAUAA